AUGUCAUCAUCAUCAAAGGUAAAAAACAGCCGCAUUCCGAAUGGUAAACGAAAUAUUUGUGUCAUUGUGUUGGGCGAUAUUGGACGAUCACCUCGGAUGCAAUACCAUGUGAAAAGUUUGUUACAGCAUGAUUUUAAUGUUGAUCUCAUUGGAUAUGGUGACACUGAACCAAUCGCCGAAAUUCGUCAAAAUGCGAAAUGUAACAUUCAGCAACUGGUCGCAUUUCCCGAACUCAAUUUGCCAAAAAUGUUGAAAUAUAUUUUCAAAUCGAUAUGGCAAACGUUGAGUUUAUUUAUUGCACUAUUUAAUAUUCGCCGACCCGAUACAAUUCUAUGUCAAAAUCCGCCUGGAAUACCAACACUUUUCGUGUGCUACAUGUAUUGUUUGCUGUUCAAACAUUGCAAGUUCAUUAUUGAUUGGCAUAACUAUACAUAUACAAUCCUCAGUCUGGCCAGCGACACAUUUCCAACAAUUAAUGAAAAUCCUGAGGCUUUGUCAACAAUCAAUAGAAAUCCACAAAGACGCAUGGUAAAAUUGGCAAAGUGGUUUGAACAAUAUUUCGGGCGAAAAAGUUCCGGCAAUUUCUGUGUCACCAAAAUGAUGCAAAAAGAUCUUCGAGAAAACUGGGACAUACAAGCAACAGUUCUCUAUGAUCGUCCAGCAUCACAAUUUCAAUCUAUUGGUCUCGAGCAAAAACACGAUUUAUUCUACAGGCUUGCUAAUGACUAUCACGAAUUUUUACCGGUCCGCAUAAAUUCAGAUGAAUUCCAAGCUACUCGGUUCACUUACAAAGAUUCAAAUGGUACAGUGCAAUUACGCAUCGAUCGGCCUGCAAUUCUAGUUUCGAGUACCAGUUGGACUCCAGACGAAGAUUUUUCAAUUCUAUUGAAAGCUUUAGAUCGUUACGAGAACGUUGCAAAAGAGGAACGCUCACAUUAUCCGCACCUUUUCUGCAUAAUUACUGGUAAAGGUCCGCAAAAAUCGUAUUACAUGAACCAUAUUGCAAAGAGAAACUACAAAAAUGUAACAAUUGUCACACCCUGGUUGACCAUUGAAGAUUAUCCCUUGUGUUUGGCAUCAGCCGAUUUAGGCGUGUGUUUACACUACAGCUCCAGUGGAUUUGAUCUUCCGAUGAAAGUGGUGGACAUGUUUGGCUGCGCACUUCCCGUCUGUGCUGUUAAAUAUAAAUGUAUCGGCGAACUUGUAGAACAUGGAAAAAAUGGCUUUGUGUUCGAGACUUAUUUGGAACUAUCACAACAUUUGUUGACAUGGUUUUACGACUAUCCAUACAACAGCGUGAAGGAAAAGGAGGAAUUCAACGAGCGGCUUUUCAAUUUUCAAAGUGUGCGUUGGGAUGACUAUUGGAACACACAUGCUUUGCCAGUUUUUGUUGAGUAAACUCGUGACGGUGACAAUAUCAUUUCGUAAUGAUCAAAUGAAAAUUCUGUAAAUCUGUCAUAGUUUUAAUGAAUGAAUAAAAUUUGAUUAAAAAAAUUUUAAAAUAAAAUAAA